AUGUCACUUUUGUUAGCUGAUUUUCCACUUUCGCGGCGGCACGGCAUGUUGGUAGGGCUGACGAGCAAUGACACUGAAGGGGCCGGACUGUGCCGGCACGGGUCGGGCGUAUAUCCUCCGAGGGCGGAGUGCGGAAACGUUCCUGCGUCCUGGCGCUCUCGAGUCUUCGACGGGGAAAACGUCGCGACAUGGCAUGUCAUUGCAAUAGCGGGUCGGUCUUGUGGCAAUUGGUUUGUUGCGAGAGGCGAGGUUCAUACCGUGGUCUUUGUGCAUCUGGGAGAUAAAGUGGCUUGCAAUUUUGUAUUGAAGAUGUCAAGGAAAGCUCGUUUGGGUAAAUCAAAGCUGUGUGAAGCGAACUGCGCACGAUGUGACGCAUACAGCGAUCUCGUAACGGCGGAGCUCGUAACUGGAGACGACAACGGACGGGACGAUAUUGAAAACAUUGGCAACGUUGAUGUCGAGAUUGAAGUCGAAACAGUAGUACAGCGGGCCACUGGCGACGUCCAAGUCGCACUUUUGGUGAUGAUUUCUCGUGGCCCGAGAACACAUUCAGCAUCUCGGUACGCUGAUCACUCAUGUCGGCGAGCACCGAUUUGUGAGGACCGGUGGCUUACGACGGGGCCCGUACGGGCCGAUGACCUUCCACUCAUAGUCCAUAGCCAGGACGAGGACGUUUUCGGUGACACCAACCAGGAAGACGGCAACGAUGCUCGUGCAAAUCGGUGUUCCGGCCCAGAACCAGGAUGGUACCGCCCGCAUGGAGCAAUCGCAUGA